AUAAUUCGGCGAUUACAUUUUUCUACAUUAGAACUCUUUGGGCGAAAACUUUUUGAAAGUUUUCAUUCAGAGGGGGGCAAAUUUGUCCCACGAGCUUUAGCCUGCAGUAAAAUGCCUCUACCAAGUAGAGCUCGUGUUUAUGCAGAUAUAAACACACACAAACCAAGAGAAUACUGGGAUUAUGAAUCACACGUUGUUGAUUGGGGGUAAGUAUUGAAAAAAAAGUUUUGAGUAGGCCUUUAAGAAAGUAAAUAUUAAUUGAAAAUACUACUUUGUGUAAUUUCCCUGAUACGAUUUUAACAUCUUAAAUAAAUUAAACAUUACAUAGCUCUUUUACUGAAAGAUAUGAGCUCAUUCAGGUUUUAAUAACUUAUAGUAUUUUUUUUUUUUUUAUCAAUUAUUUGAAAUAAGUGGUGCAUGAGCAAAGUCGUGGAAUUGCAAUAUAAAAUAACACAAUUAUUCUCAUGAGAUACUGAGAGCAAUAGACAUAGCUGUUUUUAAAUUUAAGCCUAAUAAUGACAGUUUUUAAAAUUAUUUUGAUGCUGUCUUUUCAGAAAUCAAGAUGAUUAUCAGGUGGUUAGAAAGUUAGGCAGAGGAAAGUAUAGUGAGGUCUUUGAAGCAGUAAAUGUCACAAAUAAUGAAAAAUGUGUGAUAAAGAUACUCAAGGUUUGCAUUUAAGCUAUUUAAUUUUGUACACUUACUUAUAUAAGUUAAAGGUUAUCUCAAUUGGUAUAAUAAGGUGUGAGAUUGGUUGUUUAUUUUCAAUUUUUUAUGUUGUUUUAAAGUAAUAUUUUUUUUACAGCCUGUCAAAAAGAAGAAAAUCAAGAGAGAAAUCAAGAUUUUAGAAAACCUCAGGGGCGGUACUAAUGUCAUAACAUUGUUGGCAAUAGUCAAAGAUCCUGUGGUAAAUAAGUUAAUCACAUGAUUUUUUUAAUUACAUGUUGGAUACUUAAAGGGAUUAAAUAUUAUUAUAAAAGAGAAAUGGUGGAUUUAUAAUUGUUUAAAUGAGAUAUUUGGCAUAGAAAUUUCUUUAACAAAUUAUAUUUUUUUAAAAAUGGGUUUAGAAAUAUAUACUUAUAUUUUCAGUCACGCACUCCAGCUCUCAUAUUCGAGCACGUUAACAACACAGAUUUUAAGGUAAGAAAUUUAAAAUUAUAAAUUAUUGCAAUGCAUUAAUAUUUUUAAAACUGACUUCAGACUGUAUUCAAGCUUGUUGUUACCUACGUUACUGAUAUUUCUGAUGCUGAGUUUGCUAAUUUUGACAUUCUCUUCAUUAUACUCUUGGAAAUCAUUUCUAAACAUGAGAUACUAUAAUGUACUCUAUGAAAUGAACUUUAAAAAAAAAUUGAAAUAUACAACAUAUUUCUUUUUACAGCAACUUUACCAGACUUUCAUAGAUUAUGAUAUACGUUUCUACCUUUAUGAAUUGUUAAAGGUAAGUAAUUUCAAUUUUUAAAGGCGUGUGUAAACUUCUUUAUUGAAUUGAACUUUAAUAAAGCCAUUAUUGACAUGUUAAUGGACAUUACUCUUCGUUACAGAACAAAUGUUAUUAUUAGGGUCUGGCUGGUACAUAUAUUGUUGUAAUUGUGACUAAUACAGGGCAGUGCCUCUCUAUGAUGAUUUUAUAAUCCAGGCGUUGAAAGAACAACAAAGAAAACAGGACACUAAAAAUAGUACAACAACUUCUCACAAACAGUUAUAAAGAAUAUUUAUCUUGGAAAUAAUAAUAUAACAAAUCCAAUAAUUGCUCCUAACUGUAACACUAAUCUGUUUGGUUACCCUCCCAGUCAUUUGUAAAACACUUCAUAUGACGUCAAGACAUUUAGCUUUUUAAUCUUAUUCAUUAAUUCAUCAUAAAAUAUAUAUAAUGCUGACACAUUCAUUUUUACCAGUGUGGGAUGAAUCUAAAUACAUUCUCAUUUAUAACCUGAUAGAGCUGCUCAGGAUGUAUUGUGAUCUAAGAGUAGGCCUGCAUAACUCAAAAUGUAAGGCGGGCCGUAAUACUUUAUGAAAAACUUGUGCGGCCAAAAGAAUAUAGGACAGGACUUGUGCAGGCCAAAAGAAAAUAGGACGGGGGGAAAGCUAUUAAGAAAAUGCUAAGAAUAAAGAAAAUUUCGCGGGCCACAAAAUGGGUGCUGGCGGGCUGCAUGUGCAGGUCUUCUUAGAGGAAUACUUUAUUCUAUAAUAUUAUAUAGGUGGUCUGAAAGGUGUUAAGUUAAAAUCGUGUUUUAUUAUAUAUUGAGAGUACAUUUUUGUAUACUAUGUGAGCCAUUAUUUUGAACAAAUGUUUAAGUAAAGAAGCAAAACUAUGAAAAUAAAUCUUAAUUACCCAUGACAGACUUGUCAAUUAGCAAAUAACCAACCAAUAUUGUAAGAUACAAAUUGGUAUUAAAAUCCUUCAGGAACGUAGUUCUAUAUCAUCAUUGAUUUCUUGAACUAAUUUUACCCAGUUAAUAGAGAAUGGCAGGAUGUAUGCAAUAUGUAUUUUCUUGACCAUUAUAAUAGACAACGUCAUAAUUAGUUAAUCUCUUUAAUCAUCUUAUUUAGCUAUAAUUUAUUUAACCUUGUUCAUUAUCUAUAUUUCAGGCUUUGGACUAUUGUCAUAGCAUGGGUAUUAUGCACAGAGAUGUAAAACCUCACAAUGUGAUGAUUGAUCACGAAAACAGAAAGGUUUGUUUUCAAAGUGUUUUUUUUUUUUUUGGUUCUGUGAUGAAUUGUUCAUCCCUUAGUUUUUUAGUUUUGUAUUCUUCAUGUUCAUCCAUCAGGUUAUGCCUAAUAUAAGGAAAUACAUUUUACUGUUUUAAUUUUCCAUUUCUAAUUCAGAUUGUAUUCCUAAAAUUUUGUAUCCAUUUAAAAAUAUUUCAGCUUCGUUUGAUUGAUUGGGGCUUAGCUGAAUUUUACCAUCCUGGCAUGGAAUACAAUGUACGUGUUGCAUCUAGAUAUUUCAAAGGGCCAGAGCUCUUGUUAGAUUAUCAGGUAAGUGACUGACUACUGAAUGUUUUGUAAGUCAAGAAUUCUUUUAUUACCAAAAAAAAUAUUUGUUUCAAUUUUAUUUAGAGCUUUAUUUAGUAAUAAAUCAACUUUUUAAUCCUACAGAUGUAUGAUUACUCAUUAGAUAUGUGGAGCCUUGGCUGCAUGUUUGCUAGCAUGAUAUUUAGGAAGGAGCCAUUCUUUCAUGGGCAUGAUAACUAUGAUCAGGUAAGUGUAUUGUAAGCUGUCCCAUAUCUGAAUAACCCAAAUCGGCUGCAUUUUAUGUUUUCACUAGUUUCUGUCUGUUAUUUUUUUUGUAAGUCUAGACGAAAUUAGUCUCUAUAGUCCUUGCAUUAAUUUUGCAGCUGGUGAGAAUUGCCAAGGUGCUGGGAACAGAUGAUCUCUAUGGCUACAUUGAAAAGUACCAAAUAGAUUUGGACCCAAGAUUUAAUGACAUAUUAGGAAGGUAUGAGCUGAAAUUUAUUAAUAAAUUCUUUAGAAAGAUCACAAAUAAUUGUUGCAUUUAAUUGUCAAAAGUACAUUAUAAAAUGUGCAUAUACUGAUGUAUAGUAAGAGGAUGUUUAUGCAAAAUUAAUGAAAAGUCUCUAUCAUACUACCAUUGGUGGAAUCUUUGCUAAAUAUCAUCCAUAUUGUUGCAAUAAAGGGUAUAUUUAAGUUCAUGUUAUAUCCUAAUGAAAAGAAUUCUUCAUAUAAAAAUUUGAAAAAGUAAGCUUUUGUUUUUCCUUUUUUGGAAUUAUACUUGAAAAUCAUUAUUGUCUCAUAUCUAAAUAACUAAAAUCGGCUGCAUUUAAUAUGGUGUUUAUACAUCAUAAUUUUACAAAAUUACAGUAAUGAUAAGAAAACAUUUUCCACAGGCACUCUCGAAAACGGUGGGAGAGAUUUGUGCACAGUGAAAAUCAGCAUCUUGUCAGUCCUGAAGCAUUAGAUUUUCUAGAUAAGCUUCUACGCUAUGACCACAAUGACCGUCUAACAGCUAGAGAUGCUAUGGAACAUCCUUAUUUCUGUAGGUUUCACAAAUCUUACUCAACUUCACACAAUUGCAUGAAUUUACUUAGUUUGGAGAGUUUUAAGGGGGUAGACUUAUACCAGGUUAAGUCAAUCUCUCACUGAAUGAUUAAACAGGCUUGUUCGUACCUGUUGAAUGCAGACAUGCACUUAAACUUAUAACUGUUUAAUCUACUUUUAUCAUAAACUCAGUGAGCCAAAGAACAUUAAAAAAUGUAUGUUAAUUUAAAAAAGAUCUUAAAAGUUAUUGUAAUUUGAAUUGUUUUAAAAUAUAAAAAUGAAAUUUUAUAAUUUUUAAAAUAUAUGUUUGUUUAGAGAGUGACCUUUCAAUUUUAAUAUCUGAAAUUGACUGAAUUUUUAAAAUUUUACCAGGUGUUACCAUAUAUUAUCUACUGAUGUACUAGUUUUCAUGUUUUAAAGUCUGAUUAAGAUUUAACUAAAAGAUCAUUUAUAUUACUUUAUAUGUUAAUUUCAAUAAAGUCCACAAUGUUCUGUUCAAAUGUGUCAUCAUCUGAACUUGCUAGUCUAGAAAACUUUGCAUGUUGCUGAGCAUGAUAAUAGAUAAAAACAUGGAUUUCUUUUUCAAAAGUAGCGUCAUUCUCACAAGUGCAGCAGUAAAUUUUAGCUGAGUAAUGUAUUGUAGUUUAGUUGGUAGGCUCCUGAACAAGUGACAUUCACGACAGAUUGCUCGACAAACUGCAGUCUGUCGUAUUAGGCAGGUGCAUAUGGGAGUUUGGGAGGGCAACAGCAGGCGCUAAUGGCAGAGAAGGGUCAUUUAAACAUGUUAUUUUAAUCUAAAGAAAGAAAUUUAUGACAUUUAAAUAAAUAUUUAAAAUUACACUCCUUGUUAAGAUAAUUUACUCAUGUUUAUGCUAUAUCUGUAAACAAUUAAUUUUACUAGGUCAUAGAAUUUAAUGAAAAUGUUGUGUUGGAAUAGUCGUGAAUCUCAUGUAUUCAGUUUUACAUUUGGUCUUCUUCAUGUUAUUUUUUAAAGAAGAAAAAACUUGUUUCUUCUAUCAGAUCCCAUAGUGAAAGAGCAAGGGCGAAUUUCCAACCUUUCAGGGCAUACAUCCCCAACACCUGUAACUGCUGCUGGUCAGAUUGGA